CCAACACACCUCUACUGCCGAGCGGAUCCAUGCCGAGAGGAGGGGACCCUGCAGGACGGAACCGGUAAGAGGUCCACUCGAUAUGUCCGACAUAGGACCACAUGCGACAAGUAAUAAGUAGCCUAAGCCAAAGGUAAAGCCUCGUGACGUCAGAGAAAUGGUGACCGGGGUAAACAACAGGCCCUUUUCAUGGAAACGAACAGCAUGGACAGCUUAGACGGUUGGGUCGCCGUAAAGACGAACCUUUUUGAUGAAGAGGAGUUGUUUCGACUGGUCUUCAUCGUCCAGUGGAGUGUGAUCGAGUCCAAGUUCGCGGUCACUUGUCACAACAGGACGCUGCAGCGGCGGACGCGGAGACUCCCCGCUGAGCAGGACCCCGAAGAGAGGAGACUCUCCGCUGAACUGGAUCCCGACGAGACGAGCUGGGCCGGGCUGUUCUCUCUCCACGACCUGAGGAUGAUCCACCAGCAGCUGACGGGGGUGGCCGAUAUAUUGGGGCCCUAUUUUCCGGAUUUAUCAGACUUCGAAGAUGGGAACAUCUGGGAUUUGCUGUUCCUCACCAGGAGGUCCAACCUGGGCGAGGAGGACGACGAUGGGAGAGAUAUAGAUAUGCCUUGUCGAAACCUGGAAAGAUAUUUCAGCACGGCGAUUGAUAUCUGCGGGCGAAAGAUAGUCCUCGACUCGUUGUUCUCUCAGGAUGAUGUCGAGGAGUACUUUGAAAAUCUACAAGAGUUUAAGAAGAAGACUAUGCAAGAAGAGGUUUCAAGAGCCAAGGACCACCUGAGAAAGUUGCUGCAGAGCCACUGGGCCGCAGACAGGAUGGUCCUGCUGCUGGAUCUCUACCAGGACGAAGACCAAGCCUACCAGGACCUGGUCACCGCAGCCACCGUCUUCUUCCAGUACCUGCUGCAACCCUUCAGGGACAUGAGGGAGCUGUCCUGCCUCUACAAGAUGGAGAUCCUGAAGCUGCUGGACUAUGAGGAGCUGGGCCCAAAGCGACUGUCUGCUCUGGAGAAGGAGGCGGAGGAGUGGAGGAGGAGAGCGGAGGAUGCCGUCUCCUCCAUCCAGGACGUCACCGUCCGCUACUUCAUACAGACGUCCAAAGCUCUGUCAGGUAUGGUCAAGCAGAUGGAGGAGGACAAGGGCCGCUUCGGGGCGUCGGCCUGGGCCUCGGCCAUGCCCCGACUGGAGAAACUGCGCUUCCUGAUGGCCAAGGAGUCCCUGCAGCACAUGAGGGCUUCUGAGAUGUGUCUGAAACGCAAGAAGGAGGGCAUCAGAGAGCGGAUGAGGGGUCUGACGCCCGGGGAGCAGCGGGAGAGUGGGGCCCGGCUCGGGGCCCUGGCGGACCCGUCACAGCAGGGGGGCGUAGACCAGCUGGAGCUGCUGUUUUAUGAGGCUCAGUUGGAGCUCUAUGACACCAAGUUUGAGAUCCUGAAGAAUGAGGAGCAGCUGCUCAUGGCCCAGGUGGACACGCUCAGACGACAGAUCAAAGAGCUGAAGGAGGAGGUGGUGUACUAUGAUGUGUGUGAGGAUCAGGAGGAGCUCCAGAGUUUGGUGCAGACCGGCCUCCACCCCUCCGACUCCUCCUCCGCCCACCAGCUUAAGCGACGCCUGAUGAAACUUGAGACCAAAAGAGCGGCAAUCUGUUCCCGGAGAGCUUACCUGCGCAACAAGAAGGAUCAGUGUGUGGAGGCCAACAGGAAUAAGCGGACCAUAGCGGAUCACAGCUCCGUGCUCUUCAGCCAGCACCACCACAUCCACCUGAAGCGAGAGAAGAGGAGGGAGGAGGAGCAGAGCAGGAAAGAGUGGGUGGAUGGGGAGAGACAGAAGACCAUCUCUCGCCUCCGCUCCUUCAGAGAGAAGCGUCAGGGGCAGUACGUGCUGAAGACGCCGCACUCCAAGAUGGCCUCCCCAGAGCCAGUGUGUCCUGACUUCUCCCAGCCCAUGUCCUUCAUCAGCCUGGCCCCCGACGCCCCCCCGCCCCUCCCCAGAAGGACCCUCGGGAAGAAUCGCCAGCCCGCCGCGCCAAAAGACAUCCCCGUCCAGAUCUUUGCACCACCAGCACCACCUGGACCACCACCUCCCCCACCAUCAACAGGUGGCCCACCGACUAUGCCACCACCACCGCCGCCUCUUCCGCCUCCCCCACCUCCACCUCCUCCCCCACUUGCUUCUUUUCUACCACCUGCAGCCUCCCCCGACACGCCCAUGGACCUGAGUGACAGGCAGGCUCUUCCAUUCCCAGCCAAGAACACCCUGAGGCAGAACCUGGGGUCCAUGGACGAGGUGCUGGCCUCGCUGCAGAGGGGCCAGAUCCGGCUCCGCAGGGCUCCGGCCCCAGCAGGGGCCGCGGCGCCAGCAGGGGACCCCAGGGACGGCCUGAUGACAGCCAUUCGCCAGGGGGUCGCCCUGAAGAAGGUGGUUGCCGUGCGCUGCGACGUGCUUGACGACAGCCGGGGCUCGGAGCUGGAGCGCAGCAUCAAGGCGGCCAUGAGGAGGAUGAAGAAGGUUUCAGCCGACAGCGACGAGGACUCAGAUGAAGAUGAGAUCCACAGCUCUGAGUGGGACAGCUGAGGACGCAUACAUGUGUGAAGAUAUGCACAUAUUAUAUACAUAUAUAUAUGACUUUAGGCUUCCAGUCCUACCAAAUGCCAAGAGGUGACUCUAAACGUUUGUCUUUAGCGGCGGCCGUAGCGUCUGAUGAACUGAAUGUUAAAGGCCUAUGGAGUCUCCUGUAGUUAUAAUAUUACAGUUUUGGUGUCUGGAUGCACAGCCAAUCUCCAGACUUGUGGUGGCCGCCCCAUGCAUUAUUAGCACUACUUUGACCAGUUUUAUUUUUAUUAUUUAAAUUUCAAUUGAUUAUUACUACCAUCCUAGCCUUAUAGUCCAGAUGAUGACUUUAUUAUUUUCCAAAGCAAUUUAUCAUGCAACUUCUGGGCUUUUUAACAGUGUUAUGCCAUAAGGAGGGAUAAUGAGGAAUUUAGAAUAAUUUGAAGAAUGCCUUGUUCAUUUAAACAUGUAUGGAGGUUUUCUUCAUAAAGUUGUAUUCCUAAUGCCAGGAAAAACUCCAAACUAGAUUUUGCCAUGUGGUUCCUAUCCUGAGACUAACAAUUAGUUUGAAAGGCCACAGACUCACCUUUUAGACCGAAUGGCAUUGUUGUCCUAAAACAAUAAUCUACUAAAGAAUAUAAGAUUUAAUUUCCCCCAGGGCAAUUUAACUUUCAGUCAGAAGAAACAUAUGAAUAGAACAUUCAUAAUCCCCUGAAGAUUAAGUAUUAAUAGAGUGCCAAAAAUGAUAAGACACACACACACACACAAUGGUAAUGGUAAUUGUGUGUGUGUGUGUGUGUGUGUGUGUGUGUGUGUGUGUGUGUGUGGUGUGUGUGUGUGUGUGUGUGUGUGUGUGUGUGUGUGUGUGUGUGUGUGUGUGUGUGUGUGUGUGUGUGUGUCAAUGCACUGUAUUUUUGUCUUAUGCUAUGCAUUUGUGCUCGUAUGCACGUAUAUUAUUACCAGUAUCACGAUUGUUUGUGUAAAAAUGAAAUCACUGAAUACGUAAAUUAUAAACGCAACCAAACAACUUUUAGCACACUAUUAUGUGCAACCAAACAGCAGCUGUUCAUACCUAUAUUUUAUAGUCAGUCAGAAUAUAAAUUCUCAUUCUUGAGUGCAGUGGCGGUUUUAGCAAAUUGGGGCCCUAGGCGAAGAUAUGAAUGGGGCCCGAUAUGUCCUUUACCUGCCAAUGGUGGAUUGGCAAGUAAAGCUAACCUACAUGGAAGUAAAGGUUGGAGAUGAGAAAAAAUACCUUCCCCUUUAAACCCUGCAUACACUUCUUUACUCCAAAAUGAAGAUGGGAAGCAGAGAACACACAAAGUGUAGCACUACAAUGGAACCCAAAAUGCCAGGAAAAUUAGCACCGUUUAUGCUUUUUUUUUUUAUGCCAGCAAGACAAACAGUCAAAUACUUACCAAAACAUCACAAACAGCCAUAUACACAAAAAUUGCUAAGAUGAAUAAUUUACUUUGUAUGGGUGAGUGAGGUUGCAAUUUGCACAAUUACACAUACACAUACACAUACACAUACACAUACAUGUAUAUAUAUCCUCAGCUAGCUGCUGCUGUAGUGGCAUGUUCAACGCUUUGGACGUUGUUGUUCCUGUCUGUAUCCCCAACAGUAGCCCUAAAAAGUGUGUCUUCUUUGGCAGCGUAGCCAAAAACCUACCGGCGUCUUUUAGCUUUUUUCUUUUAUUUGAGCCGCUUGGUGAACUUUAUUUCCUAACCCUUAAUUUUAUUUUCCCGUGUAGACUCGUCUUGCUUUGUCUCUGUUUGUGUAUUACAUAAUAUAUAUUUAUGAUAUUUUUUCUUCGAGGUUGGUUGGGGCUUGGGGCCCCCUGCUUGGUAAGACCGCCACUGCUUGAGUGCCAAAACAAAUGAACCUGCCUGUUAAAAACGGAUGUUUGGUCAUUUUUAGGGUGGGGGUAUCUCCCGGUACAUCAUAGUAGCACUGUUGGGGUGUACCUCCAGACUCUAGGUACUUCACUGUUUGGGGGAUAUCUCCAGAGUCCAGGUACUUCACUGUUUAGGGGUAUCUCUAGACUCCAGGUACUUCACUGUUUGGGGGGUAUCCACUGGAACAUUCAAGUGACCUGGGCCUCUCCAGCAGAGCGGCCUGGAUACUGGGGUCUCAGAUUUUGAAGGCCCAAAAGCUUUUACGUUUGUUUUCAAGCUGCAGCUCAUCUGAUUGACCCUUCAGGUAAAAUACAAUGAAACAUGGAUGGCCCCUCACUGCUGUUGGUUUUGCAUUAGCUGGACUCAGUCAGCUAUAAAGUGCCUUGUUGAUCAUGCUGCUCAAGAUUAAACAGUUUGCAGCUAAAGAGCCAUUCCCUUUCGCCUUUACCUUUGUUUAAUGUUUCCACAUUUGAAUAGGCGAUGACUAAUGAACAUUGUCGAUUAAACGCUUUACCAAGCAUU